AUGGUGUCCGUCUCACUGAGCUGUGAGGGACAGAGUGAUUCUACUGGAUGGAGAGUGAGAGGAUACACACACAGUGGGAGUGUGUCAGAUUGUUCAUCACUCUGGGGAUCAGUUACAGGAUCUACAUGCACCAUCAGAUACCUCUACACAUACCACACUGGAGUGUACUGGUGUCAGUCUGAAUCUGGAGGGAGCAGCAAUCCUGUUAACAUCACAGUGCACAAUUUACCCACAAAUACACUGACUGUGGAGCCUCAGAGUCCCGUGUUCACUGGAGAGUCAGUCACUCUGAAGUGUGAGGUUCAGGGUUAUGAUGGGUGGACAUAUCAGUGGGGGUAUAAGAAGAAAGCACAGAGUCAGUGGACUACAGUGUCUCAGUCUGUGUUUGACACUGUAAACAGAGACACUCUCACCAUCAGUAGAGAUGCUGUAGUUAAUGGGGAUCAGUACCAGUGUAGAGGAGCACGAAAUAACAGACCAACAACAUCACAGUACAGUAACAUUGUUACCCUCACUGUACAUGUUAAACCUACACCUGAACUCACAUCAAGCCUUACAGGAGCUGCACUAGUGGGAAACCCAGUGACUCUGCACUGUAAGCUGGACCAGUCUGCUGGAUGGAGCUUUUACUGGUCCAGACACACACAGAACCCUGAGAAUGAGACCAACACUGCAGCAAACUCCUACAACAUCAGCUCAGUGCUCUGA